UAUGAGGCGAUACUCAUUUGCAUAUCCUUGCUAUAGGAAUUGGCACUGUUGUUGGAAAGGGCGAAGAAAUUAUGUUUAAAAUGUCUCACAUAUAAACAUACUAUGAGCUGAACAAUUGUGUGCGGUCGGAUUUUAAAGGAAGUUGUUAAAAUGAGCGGUUUUGUUGGAGAUUUAAGUGAGAAGCAAUCAAAAGCUUUGGAUGAGCUUCAAUCUAGACUGAAUGGAGUUGAAUUUCCAGAACCAGAAAAUGAUGAUCGUGAUGCUUACCUUUUAAAAUGGCUCAGGGCUCGACAAUUUGAUGUUGAUAAAGCUGAAUUUAUGUUAAAAAAUCAUCUGUCUUUCAGGGAAAAAUGGAAUGUGCAAUCAUUGAUAGACAACUGGCAUCCACCCGAGGUGCUGGACAAAUACAUGGUCGGUGGCUUGUGUGGCUUUGACAAAGAUGGUGCACCUGUUUGGUAUGAACCAUUUGGUUACUUUGACCCGAAGGGUUUGGUUCUGUCGACUACAGGAAAUGACCUCACGAAGAUGAAGAUCAAAAUAUGUGAAGAAAUUCUCUCUCAACUCAGGGCACAGACAAAGAAGUUAGGCAAAAGGAUAGACAGAUUUGUGAUUGUGUUUGACUUGGAGAAAGCUGGUCUUUCUCACAUCUGGAAGCCGUUCAUUGACCGGUACAACCUCAUUCUGCAAGUAUUUGAAGCCCAUUAUCCGGAAAUGCUUAAGAAGACCUUCGUUAUAAAUGCUCCAGCCUUCUUUUCAAUCGGAUUCAACUUGAUCAAAAAGUUCCUUAGUGAGGAAACCAAGAAUAAAGUCUCGGUGCUUGGAGGAAACUACAAGGAUGUAUUGAUAGAGGCUAUAGGUAAAGACUUGCCAGCUCAUUUUGGGGGAACGGCGUGUGACCCUGAUGGUGACCCUCGCUGUGUGUCAAAGAUUCGAUUCGGUGGAAAGGUGCCUGAAUCGUACUACCUCAAGAAUGAAUUCAUGCAUGAGGGCAGACUAACAGAGGUCUUCAUAGGUCAUGGGUCAAAGCUUGAACUUACGUAUGAGGUCAAGGAGAAAGACCAUGUACUCAAGUGGGAGUUUAUGACAAGGCAUAACAACAUUGGUUUUGGAGUAUUUUACAAGCCAUCUCCUGAUACCAGCAGAGAUCAAUGGGAAGAAGUGGUUGAGAAGAUGAGAUGCUCCUGCCAUCUUGUACCAGAGAUUGGAGGAUAUUCAUGUGAUAAGCUAGGAACAUAUAUCGUCCAGUUUGACAACAGCUUCAGCUGGGUGAGGGGCAAGAAGGUCUUUUACCUCAUAGAUUUGCAGAAGGAAGAAGAUCAUGAGAGCUAGAACACCUCAAGUCAAUCAUUGCCAUUAUAUGGUAAUGUAUUUUCCAUGUACAUCAAGAGAGAGAGGAUUGUGUUCGAAACCAUUUGAACAUCAUCUCAGGAGUGUAAUAAGGUCUCGUGACCAUUUUGGACCAAUAUGUGAUAAGAUUAAUACCUCCAACCUGAUAUUUAAAGGGGAAGUUCACGCAGACAGGAAGUUGGUUUUCAAAGGCAUGAAUAAGAGAGAAGGAUGUUGGGAAAGGUGUCAUGAAUCUUAAUAAAACAAAUUUAGAGAAAUAUGAAUUUUGAAAGUUGUAUAAUCUCAUUUUUGAUGGUUCAUGAUUACUGAAAAUAAUUCUCUCAUAGUUGUGAGAAGGGUAUAAUUAGUCUGAUGAAAAAAAUUAAUGCACAGGUAAAACCAUUUUCAAUUUCCAUAUAAAUUUGCAUUUUAUUAAAUUUUUAUCAUAUGACUUUAGCUGAUGAAACACAGUAAUUUUUUUUUUUUAUUCCAUCAUUUAGCUAUUCUUUUAUCGUCACUGUUCACCUUACAUGUACCUUUAUUAUUGUGGGGUUUUUUUCUUUCAAAAUAAACCAACUUCAGAACUGGAUGAAUUUUUCAUUUUAUACUAUGGUGCAUUAAAUCUGUAGAAUACAAUAUGUAGUAUGACAGUCCAAUAGUGAAUGUAUUUUAUGAUAUAUAUUAUUCCCUUUUGCUUGUACAAAUAUUUUUUUCCCAACAUGACAUUUAUGUAAUAAGUCAAGACCAAGAUAUAAUUAUUUUAUACUCAUUCAUUUUUUGCAAUUUUAUGAUUCGUUUUCAUCCAAGUACAUGCGUUCUGUAUUCCCUUUUCUUUGUACAUUUUUUUAAUGUGAUAUUUGUAACAGAGAAGCUAACUUUUAAGAAAUGGUUCAUAUUUUUAAAAUAUUCUGUGUGAUGCAUCUAUUUUUUGCUGCCUGGUAUUGAUACGUGUAAGUGAUAUUCCAUUUUCCUAGCACAAAAAUGUUUUUCUUUCAAUAUUAAAAUACAGUAGUCAUGCUGAACUUGUAGAAGCACUUGUACAUGUAAUUUGUUUAUCAAUUCCAUGUAAUUUAUAUACAUAUAUAUGUAUAUAUAUAUUUUGCUGCCAAAUUAAUUCCUCGGUUUCUGAUUGCUACGUGCGAGUACAUUUGAACCAAACUGUAACCACUCUUUAUUGAUAUAAGCUUCAUAUAUUCAUCUAAUUUAUAAGAUGAAAAUAGUGGUGGGUCCAGUUCUGCUCCAUUGUGAUUUUUGGUAGUCUCAUAUAGCAAACUUCUCUGUGUUUAAAGUCUUUGUGGAGGUUGACUAUAUUGUGAGAAACGCUGAGGAAUGAUACAGAUUUGCAAUGGCAGGUAAUUGCAAUUCAAUUGUUUUUCUUAGUUCUCUUGCGGUGUCUUUAAGAGGUUUUCAGUACUACAUGUAGCUAGCUCCUAAUCUUGGUUUGAUGUCUCCUCUGAUCAAUUUUGGAGAGAUAAAAAAGCCUUCAAGCGUAAGGAGAGCAAUACUGAUCAUCUUGGUUGAAGGAACUAUAUGAAGCCUAGCGACAUUUCAAACACCUGAGCAUGCUUGAGGCACUAUACAUUCAGCUCACUGACCCUAUUCUAUACCAUCAGGAGGAUCAAAUGUGAUAUGCGCUAUACAAGAACAGCAUUAUUAUUAUUAUUUAUUAAGUAGACCAACUGCUUGUAGGUGAAUUGAAUGAACCGUCUAAAUCACUAAGCUGAUAAUACUUAACUGUGCCAUGUUUGUAGAAUAUUAUCCAUCAUGCUAGCCUUGAAAGAAACCGCUAGAAAGUAAAUCAGACAUAUCUUGAUGGUCUUCUAAUCUCUUAACUUCCUUUCUAUUUUGGGUACGAGAUCAUUACAAGCUGUGAGAAUAUGUACAUAAAUCGGUUCUACCUCAAAAGCUUAGUUGCCUGCAGAGAAUUUUCAAAGGUCUCCUAUUUAUGAUAAAACAUGCCAAUACUAUUCAUUUCAUGUGAAAUCAGCCAAAAUUUAUGACUUACGAAAAAAUGAAGCAAUUAAGUGUAUCUACAGAUAUUUACAUGUAUACAUGUAUAUGUAUAUCCCCAUCUGUUAUGCUAUCAUGCCUUUGUCCUUGAUAUAUAUAAAAAUGUCAUCCAGGUCAUUUUCAGGACUUAUUUUGAUCCAUGGAAUUAAUUUUUAUUCAUGUCCUUCCUAAAAUUUGGUAUGAACUUACAAAGUAAAACCGUAAAAGGGUAAAGUAUUAGCUGUUAUCUGCAAUCGAAAUUGAAAACUUCUUCCCGAAAUUUCAUUUACAAAACCAAUUUGUAUAGACUUAGUUAUAUCUUAUAAAUUGCCCUUUUAUGAAUGUAUUUUUUUGCAUAAAUCAUUUUACAUUUUCAAGUACUAUAUUGACUUGCGUGUACAUCAGACAGACAAGUUGUAUGCAUUGUUAGUGUAUGUUCUUAUAUAUUCUCAGCUGUCUUUGGUUGGUUUUAUAUGGAUACUCUCUUGCCCAAUUUGAGUGUUUGAUGUCUUCAGUGGCAGUCAUUUUGUUUGUGGUGCAUCUGUAAUUUUCUAUGAUGUUUAAAGUGUGAUAUGAUAUACAACUAUAUUUCAGGUGAUAUAAAUGUGUAGUUUCUUUUUUUUUAUUCCAUUAUGGACAGUACACUAUAUGCAUUUUAAUAAUCUGCAUAUGUCAGGUAAAGUUUAUAUAUAAAGACAAUCAGAAUUUAUUUGUGCAUAUUAAAUGUUUGUAUACAUGUAUAAAUGUCUGUGCACUUUUCAAUGGUAAAAUCCCUCAUUUAUUUUGGUUUGUUGUUUUGUUUCCUUUUGUUAUUUUUCAUAAGUUAUAUAGAAAGUGACAUUAAAAUGUGAAUUUUCUUUUUCUUUUUUUUUUUUACUUUUUUAUGUACUUGAUGCAACAAAAUAAUUAAGAUUUGUAGGGACCACCUCACCAAAGUGACACAUCACCAUUUCUUGUGCAUUUCAGCAUUUUUAUAUUAAACCAUCUUAUGGUAGAGCAUGACAGGAAAUCCCCAUGAAUCAGAAUAUUGUAGUUCAAGCUAUGCCAUAUGAAUGCCAAGUUACCAUAUUGAUUUCAUUGUAUAUUGGGCCUGGUUCAUAACCAUCUGGAACCAGGCCAAUGGAUACGUAUAUCAAAUGGGGCUGAAUUACUUAUUCAUCGGGCUACCUCACAAGCCCCCGUGAACUGAUUCCCACCAUAGUUUGAGUUUUUGAUAUUUAUAGCAGACUCCUUUGAGAACUAAUAUCCAAAAUGCUGAAAUGCACCUAAAAAUGUGAUGUCAUUGCUAUGGUUCUCAAAUAUACAUGUACAUGAUCUUUAUCUAAAAAAUGUGUAGAAUUAAGUCUUUCUGUAAUAGGCUUUAUACAACCUAGGGACCACACGAUUUGUAGUAGGCUAAAGUUUAAAAUGGUUAUUUGUGGUAUAUAUUAUUUUAUCCAUAUUGAUAUGCAGGUGCAUGAUAAUCAAAUUAAUUUUCUAAAGCUGCAAUUAAUGUAGAACUGAAUAUAUAUAAAAUCAAUUUAAUGGAAAUCAAAUGAACUUUAAAUGAUAUGCAGCUAAAAUUAUUCAUAGAGCAGCUUAGAUUGGAUGUGCAGUUGUAAUUCAAAUUGUAGAACAUUUGGUAUAAAUGUGGUUUAAAUGCAAUGUGGCAGCAGCAAUGAUGAUCCUGAACACUUGAGUUGAUUUAUAUGCUCACGAGAAGGUCGCCAUUCACUGUCCAUUUCGGUCAAUAUUUGUUUUUGAUUGGUCAAGCCCCCUGCAUACUGAACACGGUCCAGACUGCGGAACUAAUCUGUUCUGGUACAGUGUGUCAAAUUACUGUGG